CGGUGAAUUUCAAACUAUGUCUAGCGGUUUUUAUUGGAUAUCAAAUGUGUGACAACAGCAGUGAGAAACUGUCAGGCGAGUGUGUUUUAUUUUGAAUGCACAGACAUAAUCUAGCAUUUGCAGCUUGUUGCAUUAAGGCCGUUAGCUAGCUAAAGUAUGCUAUAAACAGAGAGAGGGUAAUGCCACCUCACCGAGCCUGUGUUUCCGUGUUCAGCAGAAAGUUAACAUACUUUUUUUUUUUUGCUGUAAAACAGGUUGCUCGCUUGAGUAAGUCCUCGCUAACACUUUAACGUUAAUAGUUUAUUUUAUAUCAGCGUUUGGGGCUGUUGAGGAUGGUUAAAGAGGAGUGAUUUGUCUAAUGAUGGAGGAUCAUCCCUGAAAUAGACAAUCUUUUGAUUUACUUUUGUUCAGCUUAUCAUCAUGUUGUCGUGUUGUGCCAGAAACGCUUUAUCAAGGCACUUAUGCGUAUUAAAACCCUCUCAGUGCAGAGUAACACCGACUCUGCAGCACAGCAGGAGGCGCUGCAGUGCAUCACCCAGUGAGGACUUUGAUCAGGUCAGGGCUUUGCUGCAGCUCUGUGUGGACAGACACUAUGUUUCACCCGGACAGACUAACACUGAGCUAUUUCAGCGUGGGCUGAGCUGCAGCUAUGGACCUCUGGGCAUGGAGCUGAGGAGAAACCUGCUGGAGCAGUGGUGGCACUCUGUGAGCAGGUCCUCAGCUCAGGUGUUUGGGAUCAACACUCUGAGCAGCAGCAGGGACACAGCAGCAGAUGGACGGAAGCAGCUGAGGAUGGUUGAGUCCGAACAUUUAAAAGACAUACUUGGACAGCAUGAACUGAGCAGGGAGCAGCUCAUCCAGAGGGUACAGACGCUCAUUCAGAGGUCCCCGUCUCUGAGGACAAACUUUCUUCAAGGUGCGUUGGAGCAGUUCGUCCCCUCGUUGGAGCUGGUGAACAGGAAGCUGCCCUUCGGCCUGGCUGAGACUGGUCUGUGUUUCCAGCCCUCAGACGGCUCUGGUUGCCCAGCUGAGGUCACUCAGACGUCUCUGGUGUGGUUCUGCUCUCCUCGAACCUCUUCCCAGUGGCUGGAUCACUGGACGCAACAGAGACUGAAGUGGUGGAGAAAAUUUGCCGUGUCUCCCUCGGACUUCAGCAGCAGUGACGUUCCAGAGGAGGAACUCGAGGAGGCGUCGUCUCGUGGUGUGAGGAUCAUCUACAGCUUCCCGUGGGGAGAGGAGCCCCUGGAGACGCUGUGGAACAGGGGAAACACAGAGCUGCUGCAGACACACCAAGGAGUAUAUUCCAAACUUCAGUGUCAAGAUGGCCGUAAGUCAAUUCCUCACGUCGUCUCAGUAACCGGGAACAUGGAUCGCGGUGUGAUGGCCUUUCUGUCCAACUCACUCCAGCAGCUCAGGAAACAAGACAGCAAGCAGAAGCUGCAUCAGAGAAAGGUCCUGAAGUUGCAUCCAGUGUUGGCUCCUGUCAAAGUAGCUUUAGACAUUGGCAGGGGAGCCACUGUGGAGCUGAGGCAGGUGUGUGAAGGGCUGCUGCUGGAGUUUAUGGAGGCCAAGAUCUCUGCGUGGCCUGGGUAUCUCAAAACUCUGCCAACAUCAGUGGAGCUGCUGAAUGCAAAGUAUGAUGAGAUGGGAGUGCUUUUCACUGUGGUGAUCAGUGAGAACACGCUGGAGAGCGGCCUCCUUCAAGUCCGCAGCAGAGACACCACCAUCAAAGAAACCAAGCACAUCUCUGAGAUCACAAAGUUUAUCUCCAGAUACAUUUCUGCUGCCGACAACAUCUGAAUGGACUUUCUUAUUUUAGCAACUAAAAGAAAUGCAUCCCUUUAAGGCACAAAACAGUUACUCAUCUACAAGUCACUGACUUCCUUGUGAGGAAUAUUUUUACUGACAGCAUCGAAUGGAAAUUAAUCUCUUACUGAAAAACGUUUGGCUCAAAGUGACCCAAUAAGGAAAGGUGGAUGUUUGAUGUGUAUCGCUAUAUACAUCUCGGUAAGGCUAAGAAUUAUUAGUGAAAAGGAGACGUGUGCAGUGCAACUUGUUGCUCAAACAAAAUGUAUACAUAAUGCAUGUAGUUUUUAAGCAGCUGCUUCUCAGUACUUUUGACAAGUAAACACAAAACUGUUACAGAAGGUAAAAUAAAGCACUAAGUAGUCAAUAGCUGCUGUCAGGGCUAGAUGUGUUUUGUCCGGAUGUUUAGGAGUGCAGUUUCAUCAGCAGCUGGAUUCAUGGGCCUGGGAAUGUGCUGGACACCCCUGCUGGUCAAGUACGUAACAAUCCAGGUGUCGAUCACAGGUUUUUCUUGCACUGUAAGGUUAUCAAUACCUCUGUAACCUCUUAAGGACGUGUUGCCUCCGACCUGGAUCGACAACUGGAGAGCAGUGUACAAAAAGUUAGGGAAAUCAGAAUUCUUCAGAUGUCCUUGGAUCGGUUUUUGGAGCGCCAGGGUCCAUCCCAUCCAGUGUCCCCCAGGUGCUGCUACUUGUGUGCCUCCUACUGGGGCUGGUGGCUAAAUGUAAUCUGCAAAUGCACUGACAUUACUGAGCUCAUCGAUCCCAGUGCGAUUUGCAAUCAUAUUGCUGAGAUCU